GGGUGGGGGUGGGGUAUGUGUCCACUUGUUGGAGAGCGUGGACUAGCAGUGCAGCCGUGUGUAGACCAUUUAUUGGGAUUGGCUUUCACUUUUCAGGCCCUUGCUCUUACCUGGCAACUGAGGUGGCUAAAUUCCGCACUUGGUUUUCUAGGAUUUGAUCAAAGAUUGAGUUUUUAUUCACUUCUUUUUGAACCCAUCCACCAGGCUUCCUACAAUCCUAGGAGCCAUUCAUUAUCUUCAAUCAGAUUGAGAACCCCAGAGUUAUGGUGGUGUAGUUCAUUGAAGGAAAUGAAGUGUUUCCGGCCUUGCAAUGCUGAAAAGAGGGAAGACCCAAAGAUAUCAAAGUCGAAUUUGGGGAUCUCUUCCUGUUCUGGCUUUUCUGAGUUUGAUGUUACACUUGCAUCUGCUUCUCUCAAUGCAUCGGAUACUAGUACAGACUCCAGGGGCAGGACCCAGUUCCCGAGUCUCUCUGACCGCCCCUCCGAUCUCAGGGUGUUUACCUUCACAGAGCUGAAAGAAACCACGAAAAACUUUCACCGCUCGACCAAGAUUGGGGAGGGUGGAUUUGGAUCUGUGUACAAGGGAACGGUUAAAAGUUCCGAGGAUCCAAGUGCAAAGAUUGAUGUGGCCAUAAAACAACUUAGUAGAACCGGGAUGCAGGGACACAAAGAAUGGGUGACUGAGGUUAAUGUACUAGGUGUGGCUGAACAUGAAAACCUCGUUAAAUUAAUUGGCUACUGUGCAGAGGAUGGCGAGAGGGGAAUUCAACGCCUUCUGGUAUAUGAAUAUAUGCCCAAUAGAAGCGUGGACAGUCAUUUGUCAGCUCGAUUGGGAACGCCUCUGUCAUGGGCAAUGAGGUUGAAAAUAGCUCGAGAUGCUGCUCGUGGCUUAGCGUAUUUACACGAGGGAAUGGACUUUCAGAUCAUCUUCAGGGAUUUCAAAUCUUCGAACAUUCUCCUGGAUGAGCAAUGGAAUGCGAAGCUAUCCGACUUUGGGUUAGCUAGGCUCGGGCCUUCUGAAGGGCUUACUCAUGUCUCAACCGCGGUAGUUGGAACCAUGGGAUAUGCUUCUCCUGAAUAUAUUCAAACCGGUCAUCUCACAUCCAAGCACGAUGUGUGGAGCUACGGGAUGUUCCUCUACGAGCUCAUCACGGGCAGGCGGCCAUUGGAUCGCAAUCGUCCCAAGAACGAGCAGAAGCUCUUGGACUGGGUAAAGCCACACACAACAGAUCCUAAGAAGUUUAGGAAGAUAUUAGACCCGAGACUUGAAGGGAAUGUCUUAAGAUCAGCUCACAAGCUCUCUCUUAUUGCCAACCGCUGUUUAGUCAAGCACCCAAAGUCACGUCCGACAAUGAGCGAAGUCCUGGAAAUGGUGAGCAAUGUUGUCGAAGCGCCAGCGGGAAUGGGGAAUCCUAGACCGGCUAUAAAAUCCCCCGAACCCGUUCGUGCUAAAGAAGGAACUGAGAGAAAAGGUAAAAGAAGGAUCAUUAAUAUCAGAAUUGGAGAUAGUGGGUGGUUGGUUCGUAUACUGUCGCUAAAACGUGCUAAGAUGAACUCCUGAUUGUUGCUGCAUUUGCAUAACAUGGAAGAACACUUAACUCUAGACGACUUCCCUUUAGGCGCCGCCCUUGAUAACAGUAGUGAUUCUCAGCAGUGUGCAGAAUCUCCACAAAGAAAAGCUUGCACUUUGUUAGCAGAUUCUGAAGCUUUUGCAGAUAUAUAUGCAGAAUGUGUAAUGGUUUCUGUUAGUGGCUUUCAUCUUUUCAAGCUUGGUGUUGAGAUGAAAAACAUUGUUAAUUCUUGUACUGCCUGCAAACUGCAGAAUUUUGUGAGAUUUUGUACUCCAUAAAACAAGAAAUGAUGAAAAUAUAUUGUUAAGUAUAACUUGGGAUGGA